AUGAAUGCAGGUAUAUCACUCAUUCUGUGGUCUGGUGAAUUUGGUGGAAUGCAGUUUGGUGGUAUUCAAGCUAGGAAAAAAACACAAAAUUUUAAAAGAUUACCAUUCAAUUACUGUUCGUUAUCUUUACAACCGUUCGAACAUCCUGUAUGCUCACCUGAUGGAACAAUUUUUGAUCUGAGAAAUAUAUAUCCUUAUCUAAAGAAACAUGGUGUAAACCCUGUUACCGGUGAAAAGCUGGAACCUAAGUCUUUGAUUAAACUUAAUUUUCAUAAGAAUGCAAAUGAUGAAUAUCAUUGCCCUGCAACACUUAGAGUUUUCAAUGACCACACACAUAUCGUUGCAAUUAAAACCACCGGCAAUGUUUAUGCGUAUGAAGCCAUUGAACGACUAAAUAUUAAAGUCAAAAAUUGGACAGAUUUAUUAACAGACGAGCCUUUCACAAGAAAAGAUAUAAUAACUAUACAGGAUCCUCAUAAUCUUGAAAAUCGUAAUUUAUCGAACUUUUAUUAUGUGAAGAAUAACAUAAAAAUAGAUGAAGGUCAAAAUGGAAAGGAUAAUCCUUUGAACGACAUUAAUAUCAGUGCUGUGGGUUCUGCAGCACGCGUGUUGAAUAAAAUUUCAAGUCGUCAAGAUGAAGUGUCGGAUCAAAAACAUGAUACUAUUAUCGAGUCGAAACCCGCCUCCUCUGAAACAAAAACAAAAGUCACACCACCUACUGCAGGAUCUAAACCUAAGAAAUUGCCAUAUAAUGCUGCGCCAUACACGCGUGGUCUCGCGGCUGCCUCAUUUACGUCAACCGCAAUGACGCCGGUAACCGUAAAUGAAAAUGCACUAAUUGACGAAGAAGAAUUUAUGUUCAAGGAAAUUAAAACUAAAGGUUAUGCCCGUAUAACGACUAACCUCGGUAAUCUGAACGUUGAACUUUUUUGCGAUAAGGACAAUAUUUCAUCGCAAGAUCAAAAAUUUUAUGGCGGGGAUCCUACUGGUACUGGCAAAGGGGGGGAAUCAUAUUGGAAAAAAGAUUUUGUGGACGAAUUCAAAAGUAAUUUGUCCCAUAAUGAGCGAGGUCUUUUAAGUAUGGCAAAUAAAGGAAAGAAUACUAAUUCAUCUCAGUUACCUUGUAUGCACCUGGACAACAAACAUACAAUUUUUGGGAAGCUAGUUGGAGGGAAAGAUAUUUUAGAUAAAAUGGAAUCUGUCCCCACAGAUGAUUCUGAUCGUCCAUUAAAUGAAAUUAAAAUUAUUAAUAUAACUGUAUUUAUGGAUCCAUAUGAUGAAUACAAAAAAAAUCUUGAAAAAAAAUUGAAUCGACAAUCAGCAGAAACUCAAGAUAAAAAACCACGAAAAAAUGAAAAGGACUCAACAACUAAUUGGUUCGGUAACAAAUUGACAUCAUCAUAUAGUAUAAACAAAGAAGAUAAUUGUACAGUUGGAAAAUAUUUAAAGUCAUCUAUAUCAAAAAAACGAGAAUUGGAUAAUGAAGAUGAUUUGAAUGAGGAGCAAUUUGUAGAUACAACUCCAAAAAAACCAAAGCCUACCGGUUAUAACUUCGAUUUUAGUAAAUGGUGA